UGUAGUAUAUCAUAUCUCGAUAUCGGCAGACGUUCGCCUUAUCGUGCCUCUGCCGCGCGAGCUGAUUCCCGAAUAAACACGUCAGUAACCGCAAGCCGGCCACGAUCGUUAGCCAUGCUAAUUAUACUCUGCCUGUCGCUGAUAGUUUCCGCCUCGUGUUUACGGCCGAGAAUAAUCGGAGGCGAGCCCACGACCAUCGAUAAGCAUCCGCAUCAGGUCUCCAUUCAUUACAAUGGCAAGCUCAUGUGCGGAGGAUCGAUAAUCAGCAAGCAAUGGAUCUUAACGGCAGCGCAUUGUGUCUACGGCGGGAGACUGCAGCUCUUCAAGGUCCGGAUCGCCAGCAGUUAUCACGAUGAGGGAGGCGUCCUGAUCGAAAGUAUCGACUCGAUCAUCCCCCACGAGUGGUACGACGAUGAUACCUACGAUUACGACGUAGCUCUGAUCAAGCUAACUAAACCUCUAUCGCUGGAUCGAAACACAAAAAUCAUCACUUUGGCGACACCAUCGACAUCCGUUAAGCCCGGCAGCACGACGGUCGUCACAGGCUGGGGCAAGACGUCGGUGAACGGCGCGAGCUCGAAAGUGCUGCGGGUUCUGAUGGUGCCGAUCAUUGAUCAGGAGGUCUGCCGGAAGAUCUACGCGCGUCAUCGUAUAGUGACGGCCAACAUGCUGUGCGCCGGCUACAUCACUGGUGCGAAAGACACCUGUCAGGGAGACUCCGGCGGCCCGCUCGUGUACAACGGCGUCCAAAUUGGGAUCGUGUCCUGGGGCGCACAGUGCGCAAGUGUUGGAUAUCCUGGGGUGUACACGCGAGUAUCCGCCAUACGUAGCUGGAUAACCAAGCGGGCGAACGUGUAGCGGAAUUAAUUUUUCCUCCUCCCGUCCUCUCGUUUUUUCUUUCUCUCGUUCUCUCUCUUUCUCCCUUGCACAUCCACCGAGAUGGAGGAAAGGCAGAACGUACCGUUGAAAAAAUAUUUGCUCUCGUUUAACCGCAUCAAAACCGAGCGGAUAUUAUGAAAAAGGUAUCGCCUGCGAAUUGCACGACGGAAGGAGGCGUAUUUACCGGAAAGGUAAAUUGUUUGUCCCGAUGACGACGUAAUGCGCAACAGCAACGGCGACGAGGAUCAAUCAAGCAGUCGAGAAAAUUUCGACGAACUUAAUUGUUCCCAUUUUCACAAAUAAACAUAUACAUUAUUUUCA